AUGUUGACGGGACAUGGCUGCUUCCAGGCCAAACUACAUAGAUUUGACCGUGCAGAAUUCCCACAUUGCUUAUCCUGUGGAGAUAAUAUUGACGAUGCGGAACACGAGUUCUUUAAAUGUGGUCGGUGGGCAAGGAAUAUAGCAGAUCUGGAAGCCGCGGUUGAUCAAGUCGUUUCACCAGAAACGAUAAUUCCAAUAUACAUAACACAGCAAGGGAAACUGGGAAGCGGUGGAAAGGUACGUUACUCUUAUCCUGGGGACCAAAGAAGAAAAGGAACGGCUGAGGAGAUAGAACGAGAAGUGUAA